UUCCCAGCCGAUCACUCGCAGAAGAACUUGGAAGAGGCAGAGUCGCCGUCCAUCGGAGUAGCGAAGAACAGUGAAAAUGGCGGAGACCAAGGCAGUGACACUCCGUACAAGGAAGUUUAUGACAAACAGACUUCUUUCCAGGAAGCAAUUUGUGAUUGAUGUCCUUCAUCCAGGAAGGCCCAAUGUAUCAAAGGCUGAAUUGAAGGAGAAGUUGGCAAGGAUGUACGAGGUUAAAGAUCCAAAUUCCAUCUUUGUAUUCAAAUUCAGAACUCACUUUGGUGGUGGCAAGUCAACUGGUUUUGGAUUGAUUUAUGAUUCUGUUGAGAAUGCAAAGAAGUAUGAACCAAAAUACAGGCUUGUUAGGAAUGGCUUGGAUACUAAGGUGGAGAAGUCAAGAAAGCAAUUGAAGGAAAGAAAGAACAGGGCUAAGAAGAUCAGAGGUGUAAAGAAGACAAAGGCUGGAGAUGCUGCCAAGAAGAAGAAACACCCACAUAGAUAUACUGGAGGUGAAACGUUUAUGUUUACUGAUCAUGAUUUCUCUGGAAUGUAUUUACAUGGGUGUUGUGAAUUUCUAGAAAGAUUUGUUGGAGAACCUUUUGAGAAACUUUAUUACUUAGCACGUGAUCUCCCUAUGGCAAAUGGUCUUAGGGUAAUAACUAACGAAACAGAUUAUCAAGUGUUUAUCGACGUUGUUUAUCAAUCACCUGAAAGGCCAAUAGACCUGUAUUUAGAUCAUAUUGGGGAAGGAUUUGAGGACUGGUUCGAUGAAGAAAGUGAUGAAAGUGGUUCAGUGAACCAGGGAAAUGACAAAGAAACUGCACAAGGAAUCCCCGAUCCUGAACCAGCCUAUAUGUUUGAAGCUAGUUUGGAUGAUGAAAUCAAUAGGGAAUACUGUACCCCACUAAACAAGACUAAGGACGAUGAGUUUCUUAACAAGUUAUGCCCGGAAGGUGGAGAAGAGAAAAAGAUUGAAGAGAUAGAUAAUAGUGAGGAAUUGGACAAUGAUGUACUUGAGGAACAUCCUAUCUUUAAUCCUCAUGGUGAAAAUGUGAAGAAAAGGACUGUAGAAGUGGUAAGUGGUAGUAGGACAGGAAUGGACGGUGGGGAUACACAUGGUAGUAGGGUUAAGAGGACUAAGACAACAAAGGGUGAAAAUGUGAAGAAAAUGACUGCAGAAGAGGCAAGUGGAAGUAGGACAGGAAUGGAAUGUGGGGAUACACAAGGUACUAGGGAAAGUGGGACUACACAAGUGACAAGGGAGAGGGGUAAUGUUGUAAUUCCCCAGCUUAAGAGGAGGAAAAAGAGUGAAAGGAUCAUCAAGAAAAAAUUGGCAACCCAAGUUAUAGGAAAGGAUGGAGAGGGCAGCACUUCAGAAAAACCUGUCAACUUAAUGUAG